GUCAGUUCAUGUGCUAUGGCGGGUUUUGAAUCAGUCAAGAAUUCUAUUAGGCAUAAGGUUUAUACUUUGUCAAAGAUAUUUGGUGUUGACGUAGCUUCUGAUGCAAAUAUCUAUACAUAUGCAGAAAAGCUUGAACAGAGCAUUGGAAUCCCAUCUGAUUCUCAGUUCAACAUUCGUGACUCAGUUUCAAAAAUUUGUGAAAGAAGCCCUAAGUCAGAGAUAUUUCUACGAAAGUAUGAGGAAUUAAAACUUAGAAAUAUCAAGGAACUGUCUGGGAUUGUUUAUUUGCUGUCGAAGUUGAAGUCAGAACCAGGUCUUUUGCGCACUUUAAAGCUUGUCGCUCAUCAGAAAACGUCUCCACUGCAUAAUAUACAGGCCAAAUCCACAAAUGCAUCGAUCAGUAUAAAAGACGUUGACAAACUCCGACAGAUGAUUGCUGAUUCUAGUUCGCUAGUGACAAACUCAAUGCAGUUAGACAACAAAGAUGGCCUGAAAACUGCGAUUGGAUCCACGGAUGAACUGUCUUUGUCUUCAACACCUGGUCCAAGCACACCUCAAAGCUUGUUUAUUCCAUCUUCCAGAAAUAUGACUAAAAAGCUGGUUUGCACCAGUCGAACUCAGAAGUCCGCUGAAUCUUUUAUGCAACCAGAGUGGUUAUACUCCCGUCCAACUCUUUGGAAGGAUUUCUUACCAACUUCACUCAAUUCAGAUUCUUUUCAGCAAAUUCCUAUUGAAUCACUUUCAAAUGCUGUUCAAGAAUAUGCCGUUGUUAACGAUCUACUCCAGUGUCUACAAGGCAACCAAGGAGUAUAUAUUAAACCUCUUCCUUUACCAAAUCGUUAUGCUGUCCGAACUUUCAAGGUGGACGAGAAAAUGACUCCCACUUUAUUGGAUACUGUAAAUAAAAUUCUCCCAAUUUGUUCAGACUAUUCAACUGUGACCAGAUUUAUAGAUGAGAAGUCCGCAUACGAAUACGGAAUGGUUAAUCAAGGAUUGGCAGGUGCAAUGGAUGAUCUUCUUAAAGAUUAUCUGAUUUUGAUAUGCGAACUGGAGUAUUUAUAUAAAGUGGGUGAACUGGGAAUAGUGAAACUCCAUUUCCUCUUACAAGAAGCAGCCAUUACCUUUAAUCAGUUGGCCCGUGUUGCCACAGAUGUUAAUACGGGACAGUGUUGUGGUGGCGCAGUAUUAUCAGUUUUGUAUGAUUCUAUGCGAUCAGUGUAUGGUGUGAAAAAGUUGCAUGCCAUGAUGCUUUAUCUCUUGCAUUUCGCUUGCAUGCCUUUUUUCAAAAUACUCCGAAAAUGGAUAUAUCGUGGAGUGAUUUCAGAUCCUUAUAAGGAGUUUUUUAUUUCAGAUGGAGCCAUGCAUAAAUUAUCUCAUAACGAUAAAUCCUUCUCGAGUAAUAUAUUUUCAUCCCCUUUCCAAUCUGAUCGUUUCACUCAAAGUUACGUGGAUUGGGCAUUCUUUUGGGAGUGUCAUUAUACCAUUGUGCCAACAAAUUUACCAUGUUUUCUUGAACACAGUGCGUCAAAGAUACUCAAUACGGGAAAGUAUUUGAAUGUCGUACAGAAAUGCGCUGAUGACUACGAACUUCCUGCCUGUGAAGAACUUGCCUACAAUCAAGAACAUACAAUAUUUUUGGAGAAAAUCGACCAAGCUCAUCUGUAUGCUAGCAGUUUAUUAUUGAAUUUGGUGUUGAAAAAAAAGGACUUGAAAGAACACUUGAAAUCUGUGAAGCGUUUCUUUUUGUUGGAUCAAGGUGAUUUCAUUGUUCACUUCUUGGAUGCUGCAGCAUCAGAACUAUGCAAGCGUAGUGAAGUUGUUUCUCAACUACGCUUAAGUUCAUUGUUAGAAUCGGCUCUGAGGACUAGCACAGCUAAUGCUGAUCGAUUCAAAGAUAAUCUGGCUGUUGUGAUAUUUCAGUUUGAUCUAAUCUCUCAAAUUUUGAUGGUUUUACGUGCUGGAUCCGAAAGUAAACCAGACAGCCCUUUGCCUAUUGAGGACAAAAAUCUUUCUGGUUUAGAAGCUUUCUGUCUGGACUAUAGAGUUGGUUGGCCGAUCGACUUAGUUCUUAAUCGCCAAGUGAUGGAUCGUUAUCAAAUGCUUUUUCGACAUCUUCUAUAUUGUAAACACGUGGAAAGGUUGUUGUGCAAAUCGUGGAUUCUAGUCAAACUUGCCCGUAAAUCUGAUAAUCUAAUGACAACAUGGUUUACAACUGCAUUCCUAUUGACUCAAAGAAUGCUUUCUUUUGUUCAACAUUUUCAGUACUAUAUGUCGGUUGAAAUCAUUGAACCUGCAUGGCAUACCUUUUUCAAACGUCUGGAUAAGGUAUCAAAUUUAGACGUACUUCUAGAUUCACAUCUACACUUUUUGGAAGUGUGCAUGGAUGACUGUUUACUAACCAGUCCUGAACUGUUAAGUUUAGUUGGGAAAUUAUUAGUGGCAUGCGUGACGUUUGCCAAUUUUAUUCAGCAUUUUGCUAUUUCGAUAAGUGGAAUCAAUUUAUCAUCUUCUGGUGUUAGUGAUUAUGGUAGUAUCCAUUCAUUACGUUAUUCUGAUGCUGAGAGACCGUUUCUACAUGAUCCCACACCAUCAACAGCUUUGGAACGACCAGCGAAUAAAAUGAAAUGUGCACGUCCUCAAUCUUCCAUGAGUUCAGCUGAAUCUAUAGCAGCAAAAGUCACCAGGGAAGAAUUUGAUAGAAUGAGUCUAUCUAGUGACUCUGCUCAAAUAGUUUCCAGUGUUGAUGCAGCCUUCAAUAGAAUGUUAGUUUUACUCCUUGAAAGAAUCAAACUUAUGGCUAAGCAUCAAAGCAAGUUAUUAAGCUUGGUAUCAAGAAUUGAUUUCAAUGAAUUCUACACGGAAUAUGCUAUCCAGCUAAGAAGAAAAGAUUCAGUUGGGUUGGCCCGUAAUCAGGGACCAUCAAUUGAUGAUGGUACUCUUUUUGAACAUAGAUCUACACCGCCGGCAAAUACUACACAUGACAUUGAAGAUUAUAUUUAAUUCAGAUUUGUAUUUGCAGUUAUGUUUGUUAGACGUAUACUGUACAUUAUCACUAACAAUUUAUUAAAUCAAAACCUUUUUAUUUUUGCAUGGUCUUUAAUAAAUAUUCUAUUUGAUGCAGUCAUCUUUCACUAAAGGGCAAUGAGGUUUGAAAGUUAAGAAGUGAAUUCAUAAUAGUUUAUGUACGUUCUUCCAACAAUUUUAACGCUGUGUUAUAUGCAUUUUCAUUCAGAUAAAAACUACUGCACACC